AUCACUUGACAUUAAUCACCCUGGCUAGCAUUGUAAAUUUUAUUCAAAUUAUCUGUAUUCUGAGAAAAAAAUUCAAGAAAGAUUGAGAAAUAAUUUUCGUUAGCCCGCCUACAUUUUUAUAUCACUUCAACCUUAUUGCGUCAUUUUAAUUGAGUGGGGAGAAAAAAAAUAAGUACAGGCCACCAACAAAUGGAUGAUCAUAUUUGAUAUAGUUUCUACAUGUAUGGUAUUUGACAUGGGAUUAAUGACCAUAUUGUAUUUAUGCCUAAUUGUGGUGAUUAUUGGACAUUCAGGGAUACAUGUAAAUGGCGAGUGCCCUCUUCCCUUUGUUUCUCCCCCUGCUGGCAAUAGCUGUUACUAUUUUGGAUUUGCCACCACAAGAACUUGGAAUGAAGCUCGGGUUCGCUGUUUGAGUAUGGAUGCUGAUCUUCUCAAAAUUGAUGCCAGCGAGGAGCAAGACCUGAUAAUGAAUAUACUUAAAAAGAAAGACAAUGAACUACCUGGCGUUCAAGAAUGGUGGGUGGGGCUGAAACGGAAAGAAGACGACAUUGAAAAUUGGGUGUGGACAGACAGGUCCUUGGCCAACAAAUCGUCUCUACGCUGGGGAACGGACGAACCUAAUAAUUAUCAGCAGAACGAGCACUGUGCCGAGAUCUGGGAGCGUACCUUCAACGAUAAAAACUGUGACAGCAAACUGAAUUUUAUCUGCGAAAGAGCUAAUGAUAAACCUGCACGAUGCUCUGUUCAAGACGGGUACAGCUAUCAUAACAGAAAAUGCUACAAGUUUUACAACAACCAACUCAAUAGAGAGCAGGCAUUAUCAGCUUGUGCUAAAGAAAAUGCAAGGCUAGUGACUGUUGAAACGGAGGAGGACCAGCAUGCUGUGUCAGAAAUAGCGUACCAUUUUCAAGCUGAUGUUUGGAUGGGAAUCAAAUUUAUGAACACUACCUCUCAAUGGUUAAUAAUGAACAGGCCUAAUUGGGAAGAACCAGCCAGUGCGUUCUUCUGGCAGUCAACUGUUAGUAGCAGUGAAUUGAACAACCCUGUAAGAAGUUGCGUCGCAAUGAAUGUGUCUGCAAAAGGUUUAACCAAUAACUGGUAUACCGCAGAGUGCACCUCGACGAACGCUUUUAUUUGCUAUAAACCGGCGGGUGUAUGUUCUAAUGGGUUCGAGCAACACGAGGAAAAAUGUUACCUCUUUAAGGGAAACACCAGGCAACCGUGGAGCACAGCUAAGCUUUUCUGUGAAAAGUUCGAUAGCAAUCUAUUGGAAAUAGAAUCGGCUGAGGAGCAGAAUUUUGUGACUAAAAAGCUACAAGAACGACAAAUUAUUCGUCAAUUCUGGAUUGGACUAAAAGGAAGGAAUACGCAAACGCAAUUGCAAAAUGCCAGCUUAAGCCAAACCAUGGAAGAUUACUUUUGGGAGAUGUCAAAUGGGACAAGGGCAGUGACAUAUCUCCAGGUCGGGCGUGCAGGCAGCGGCAGUGCUUGUGGGUACAUCGACCCAGGCAGAUCAGGAAAAUGGUUUUUUGACGUGCUUUGCAACGUUCCUCAACCAUUUAUCUGUUACCACGAUGUGAAGAAUGGAAAUGUACCACCUCGUCAGUUUACAACUUCGACUACUCCGAGACCAACAACGCCAAUGACAACGACUAUUGGCUUGGUAUCUAUGAUAACACCUGCCGGAACCACUGUACCAAUAACACAGACACCCACAACAAUUGCUACCACCACCGAGGCUGUGUAUGACCCUCUGUGUGGCAAUAACUGGGAGCGAGAACACCGAUCUCAGAUCUGUUACCUGUUUAAUCCCCACCCUUCCACCUGGUCGGCUGCUAGAAGUCUGUGUCAAACAAUGGGAGGUGAUCUUCUCAGUAUUAACAGUCUCCAAGAGCACUAUUUCAUAUCAGGAAGAUUGAAGGCGAAAUCACUGUCUACGAUCGGUAUGCUCUGGACUGGGGGACAUGAUGAGAGUGAUGAGGGAGGAUGGGUGUGGUCAGACGGAUCCCCAUUCAGCUUCUUUAAUUUUAGAAAAGGGGGACUCUCGGGAAAAAGCGGCGAAGAGAACUGUAUAGCGAUGUCUGCACCAAGUGCUUGGUGGUAUGAUGAUUACUGUUCGACUCUCCACGGCUCCAUUUGCAAGAAAAGAGUGAUGAACGAAAGCAGCAAUUUACCAGCCACGUCACCGCCAUUUCCCCCAGCUGGCCAAGUGUACGGGUGUCCUGGAGAAGAAUGGUCGGGGUACCGGUUGUCCUGUUUCUUCGUGGCCAGAAACAAAACGUCGUGGUCAGAGGCCCAGUCUUAUUGUAAAGCGGCGGGGGGCGACCUUGCCUCCAUUCUUGAUGAGGGAGAGCAGGCGUUUGUGCACAGCUUGCUGCCAAAAACGCAUUGCUACAAUCUGCACGUCUCGGACAAGCAGUGCGACAUUUGGGCGUCUGCUGGUGAGUGUGACAAGAACCCUCUAUGGAUGGCCAACAACUGCCAGCAAUCCUGUCAACGGUGUCUGCCUGACUGCAUUGACGCCUAUGGCUCUACAGAAUGCCAGCACUGGGCAAAAAUGGGAGAAUGUCUAAAAAACCAUAAAUGGAUGCUUCAAAACUGCGCUCUAUCAUGCGGAAUAUGCGACUCUGCAAUAUAUGGAGGAUUUUGGAUUGGCUUUCACGAUAAAAAAGACGAAAUGGCAUUUAAGUGGUCUGAUGGAAUGACAGUGACUUAUACAACCUGGGCAGACAGACAACCCGAUGAUUUGGGGCAAAUAGGUCAAGAUUGCGUCAUGAUGAAACUAACGGAUGGUCGGUGGAUUGAUUUCAACUGCAAUGAAAAAAUGCCCGGUUUCGUUUGCAAGACUUCCAAGAAGCUCGUAUCAAAAGCAACCGAGUCGCCUCUUUCUGUUGGUUGUUCCAAUGGAAGCAUUGGAUACAACGCCUUCUGCUAUGGAUUCUUUGAAACAAAAACAUCGUGGUCUGACGCGGAAGAGACUUGUGUUAAUAAAAGCGGGCAUCUAGCGACCGUAAAUGACAGAUACGUUCAAGCAUUUGUUUCAAGUCAGUUAGUAGGAAGGAAGAGCAACUUUUGGAUUGGGUUGACCCAGAGUUAUGAUACUGGAAUAACAGAACAGUGGACGAGCGGACAGGAAGUCCGGUUUACGUACUGGGCAGACGAACACACAGGAGCUAUAGAAGAAGACGGAUUCUGUGUAUCAAUGUCAGCAAAUCACCCGGUAGGGCUUUGGUCGACUUUUAACUGUACCACGUUGAGUUCAUUCAUCUGUGAGUUUCCCAGGGUAGGGUUCACCACACCCACCACAGCACCCCCUACAACAACAUUGCCAAAAUCAUGCGAAACUGGGUGGUUAGAACUGGAAGGAAACUGUUAUAAGAUAUUUCCCCCAGAAAGCUGGAUGGAAGGCAGAGAUUCCUGUAGGAGGAUGGGAGCUGAACUAGUGAGCAUCCACACAGACGAAGAGAACGAAUUCGUUUUCCGUCGAUUUGUCGAAUACAAGGAAAAGGCUUGGAUAGGACUUAACGAUCGGGAUCUUGAACAAGGUUUUACGUGGAGUGACGGUAGUCCAAGAGACUACGUUAACUGGGGAGAUGACGAACCGAAUGAUUUUUACGACAACGAAGAUUGCGUCACACAUCAAAACAUAUGGGGGAUGAAAUGGAAUGAUGAUAAUUGUUAUACUUUAUAUCCAUAUAUAUGUAAAAUUCCAAAAGGAAAACCUGUCCUGGAAGUAGAAAAUUUUACUUUGCCGGAGCCACAGCCAUGUGCUGAUAAUCGAUUUACAUAUAUUCAUGGCAAAUGCUAUUAUUUUGAGUCCCUAAAUGUAUAUCAAACCUGGUACGAGUCUUUGGAUUACUGUAACAAUAUGAGUGCCAGCUUGGUCACCUUAACAUCAGUUUAUCAGCAUGAUUUACUUUUUUAUAAUCUUCAGAAAAAAUCAAUGUCUUCAUCGUUUUGGAUUGGGUUAAAUAAUAUUGAACAGCAAGGUUGGAGAUGGGCUGAUGGAACAAGCGUGGUGUCGUUUGUAGCUUGGGCACAAAGUGAAACCCUCGAUUCCUCAACAAAGCGAUGCGCUUAUGAGUGGCCAACCACAAAGCAUUGGUAUGCCAGUAAUUGUAAUGCAAAGCUUAACAGUAUAGUAUGCAUGAAACAAAAUGGCUCAACAGAAGUAAGGACAACCCCUGUCACACCUAUGCAGCCUUGGGGAUGUCCCCCUGGAUAUGUCGAAUCUAAAGUCAAUAAUAAGUGCUACAAGAUAGUACAGGAUACCACCUUAAAUUUUGACGCAGCUUCAAAAGCGUGUAGCGACCAAGGAAAAGAAUACUCCCUGGUGUCAAUACAUUCAGAAUUAGAAAACGCUUUUAUUGCUCUACAACUUGACAGAAAGUCAUUUGUAAACGUUUGGAUUGGAUUUCAUGAUGACAGUUUUGAUUCCACAUUAAAGUGGCUAGACAAUUCUCCCGAAGAUUUCACUAACUGGAAUACCGGAGAACCAAGUUCAUAUAGUGAACAUUGUGUUGAAAUGUUAAUACCAGCCGAUGUUACAGGCAAAUGGAAUGAUGUCUCAUGCUCAGUUUCAAGAGGAUAUAUUUGUCAAACAAAUAAAGCUUUAAGAUAUCCAACGCAAGCUCCAGCUGUGUCGAAGUGUCCAAGUGGUUACACGGCCACUGCAGACAGUUGCUUCCGUGUGGUUAAUACUGCCAGGGACUUUGACGGUGCCCAAUCAACCUGCAAACUAGACGGGGCUAACUUGGCUUCUAUUAACUCGAAGUAUGAACAAAUGUCCAUAGAGGUAUUAGCAAAAGAUGUACCUGGUGCAGUCUGGAUAGGAUUGAAGCGAGAGAAUGAGUCUCAUAUUUGGUUGGAUAAUUGGCCAUAUACGUACGUAAAAUGGGCCUUAAAUGAACCAAGUUUGAAUGAGGGAGAAUACUGCACAGUAUUGUUGAAUGUAGAAUGGAAGGAUACUCAAUGUGAUUUGAAGUAUCCAGCAAUAUGUGAAUAUAAUUCUGGAAACCCUCCCACGACACCUAUCCCAGGAAAAUGUCCUCCGGACAGUUCUAGGUUUCAGGGAUUUUGUUUCUAUGUAGACCCGAACGCAAGAGUAACAUGGUCUCAAGCUAAAGCAAAUUGUACUAACCGUGGGAUGAAUUUGCUUUCCUUCAGAAAUAUAAAAGAGGUAGAACAUGUAAGACAAAGUGUUGAAUCAAAAGUUGGAAGAUACGAUUUCCCUCUGUGGAUAGGAAUGAGAAGAAUUAGAAGCGAAGAUGAGAGCUACGAAUACUUUGAUUAUUACCCAGAAGAAAACUUAGAUAGUAAAUUUAAAUGGAUUGACGAACCUGAUAAUUCUUUUAAAAACUGGAAUGAUAGGGAACCUUCGGGAAGUUGGGGUCACGAAUCCGAAGAGUGUGUGGAAAUGAAGAAUACAGGAAAAUUCAAUGAUAUCAAUUGUGAUAACUAUUUGAAACCAUAUGGCUGUUCUGGACAUGAAACUUUUGACACAACUAUUACUACUGCUCCAACUGCAGGUGAAAACCCGUCGGUAGUAGUAAGCACUACAAGUUCUGAUUUCGAGGUUGUAUCACCGAAGCAAACCGUGUCUUCAUCCAUAAUCAUUGGUGUGUCAAGAAGUACGACUAAAGAACAAUCUUUGAAACCCAAAGAACCUGCACGUGUAGCCCCCAAGAUCAAACUAGAGCCUGAUGAGCCAAAUAUUCUGACAGCUGGACAAAUAGUGGGUAUACUGAUUGGGACAGUGACAUUAUUGAUCAUCAUAAUUGUGGUUUUACUUGUGAUUAAACAUCAGUUACAGAAAGGAGGAUACGUGACCAACAGUGCACAUGGAUUUACAAACGCAAUGUACUUAAAAACAGUCGAGUCUGUGUCUGUGGCGGAAGGGACUGGUAAACAAAGCAUUUAGCUGUCUAGGAAUCAGACUGUGCCAUCAACACCAAAACAAAAUAGUUAAAAAAACCAAGAAUAACACGUUAAAACGUUUUUUAACAAUAACACAUGGUUUAAAUGAAUCUUGCAAAGAUAAUUAAAAAGAAUUUAGUAAGUUAGACACUUUUAGAAAAGUUGGAUCAUAAAUUAGGUUGGCCCGUAUAAAAAGUCAAUAACUAUGCCUUAAAACAGUAUAUUUGUAGAGAGAGGGAAUUAACAUUACUGUAUGAUAGUGUAUGACUUUCAAUUGUGUCAAAUGUUUAAUUUGCUUUCAUGGUGCUUUUAAUUGAGAAAAUGUUGAACUAUAUUUUCAAGUUCAAAAAUUUAUUUGUAAUAUAACCCAGUGUAUCGGCUGGGUUCAUAUAGCUAUUGAGCGGCUUUUCCAUGACAUUUAAAACUUCGUCCUUGACAUCUGCACCUAUCAUGGUCAAUGUCACAUUGAUUUGAUAUUUGAUGUGUAUGAUAAUUGGAUGUGUUGAAAUUUGACUUUGAGCCCAGCAUCUCCCAGUUUAGCUUACUUAUUUGAUUGUUUAUUGAUACAGUUGUACCUUUUGAGGGAUCUGUUUGAAUGCAGUCCAUAUUAAUGAUUUGCCUUGAAAACAAUUUGAUCAAUGUAUAUAUCAGCCGUUUCCUUUAACGCCAAAUAAAUAUUAACAAAUA